AUGUCCUUGUGCUUAAAUUUACUAGGAAUUGCUGCCCUGGAUAGUAAAGCAUCAGGGAAGAUGGGAGUCCGAGCAGUAGUCUACUACAUGAGCACUACAAUCAUUGCUGUACUGAUCGGUAUAAUCAUUGUGGUCAUCAUCCACCCUGGGAAAGGUACUAAAGAAAACAUGCACAGAGAAGGCAAAAUUGUGCAAGUGACAGCAGCAGAUGCCUUUCUUGAUUUAAUCAGGAAUAUGUUCCCUCCAAAUCUGGUGGAAGCUUGCUUUAAACAGUUCAAAACUAACUACGAAAAGAGAAUGUUUAAAGUAGUUAUUCCAUCCAAUGACACAUCCACAGUGGCUUCAAUAAUAAGCAAUGUGUCAGAAGCAAUGGAAACCCUCAGCCGAAUGAGAGAGGAAAUAGUUCCUGUCCCAGGUUCUGUAAACGGAGUGAAUGCCCUUGGCUUGGUGGUUUUCUCAAUAAGCUUUGGCCUGGUGAUUGGAAGCAUGAAGGAGCAAGGUCAGGCAUUAAAAGACUUCUUCGAUAGCCUUAACGAGGCUAUCAUGAGAUUGGUAGCUCUAAUCAUGUGGUAUGCUCCACUUGGAAUCCUCUUCUUGAUUGCUGGAAAAAUUGUUGAGAUGGAAGAUAUGGGAGUGAUCGGUGGUCAGCUUGCCAUGUAUACUGUAACAGUUAUCAUCGGUUUGCUAAUUCAUGCUGUCAUUGUCCUACCUCUUCUCUACUUCCUGAUCACUCGUAAGAACCCUUGGGUAUUUAUUGCAGGCUUAAUCCAGGCAUUAGUCACAGCUUUGGGAACGUCUUCCAGUUCUGCAACACUACCUGUUACAUUUAAGUGUCUAGAAGAAAUAAAUGGAGUGGACAAACGAGUUACAAGAUUUGUACUCCCAGUUGGUGCUACAAUUAAUAUGGACGGAACUGCUUUAUACGAGGCUUUGGCUGCAAUUUUCAUUGCACAGGUUAACAACUUUGAUCUGAACUUUGGGCAGAUUAUCACAAUCAGCAUCACAGCUACAGCUGCCAGUAUUGGGGCUGCAGGCAUUCCUCAAGCUGGACUAGUCACCAUGGUCAUUGUGCUUACAUCAGUAGGUUUGCCUACAGAUGAUAUCACUCUUAUCAUUGCAGUGGACUGGUUCUUGGAUCGUCUCCGUACCACUACCAAUGUCUUAGGGGACUCUAUUGGAGCCGGGAUUGUUGAACAUUUGUCACGGCAUGAGCUGAAGAACAGGGAUGCCGAAAUGGGUAAUUCUGUGAUAGAGGAGAACGAAAUGAAGAAACCAUAUCAACUGAUCUCACAAGAAAAUGAGAGUGAGAAACCAUUGGAUAGCGAAACCAAGAUGUAGGGUAAAGAAAGCAUGACUCCUACACUACUAGUGUGGAAAACACACACUUUUUCCAGCAAUUUGUAUCUUGCAUUCACCAAGUUCACUUAUUCCUUGUUUUCUCCCUUCAUGCUAGCACUGGAAAGAAUUAAUGAAAAUAUAUUCCAAAUUAGCAGUGAUGGCAGUGUAUGUUGGCUUCCCGCUUAAAAAAAAAAAUUAACAAGCAACAACACUGGUCCUGCUAGAUAUGUGCUAACUGAGGAUAAAAAAGAGAAAUGGUAAAUUAAAUAAAAACAAAAAUC